CUUCCUAGACAUUAUAUCUCCAGUACAUCAACAAACAUCUGUUUUGUACAACAACUGAUACUGCAGAAGUAUUUUCUGGAACACUUCCAGGUUGUAUCUUCCUAACAUUAAAAUCUCCAGUACAUCAACAAACAUCUGUUUUGUACAACAACUGAUACUGCAGAAGUAUUUUCUGGAACACUUCCAGGUUGUAUCUUCCUAGACAUUAUAUCUCCAGUACAUCAACAAACAUCUGUUUUGUACAACAACUGAUAUUGCAGAAGUAUUUUCUGGAACACUUCCAGGUUGUACCUAAAUGGACACUAUACCUUCAGUAUUAGAAGAAGAGCAUCACUUGUGUUUCUGAUGAAUUUUUAAUUGGCCAGGUAUUAUAAAAAAAUUGUUUUCCUAAAUAGAAUUCAAUCUAAAAAUUACAAAGCAGUUCAAAGAAAAAUACAAGUAAGUAAUGCUGUAGUUAAGAAUUUUAAGAAAAUUUAUAUUUAAACUUCUUAAGAAAUAAUAAAAAAUGUUCUUCAGUGUAUCUGCAGAGUUCUAAUACAUACAUUAGUUUUUUACUAACCCCCCCUCCCAAAAAAAAUCACUGCAAUCCUUUAAGAAAUUAACUUAAUUAGAGCUCAUAAGUAGAAAUAGUUUUGUAACCUUGGUAAUAUAUUCAUGAGAAAAACUGUGUCUUCAAUGUCCAAAAUAGCUUAAAAAGUAAAUCUUAAAAUAUGCAUGAGAGUACAUAAGAAACAUUAAUAAUACCUCUGUUGAAUAACAAAAGUAUUUUAAAAUAAAAUACCUUCUCUUGAAAAUAUGAAAAAACAUAAAGGAAAUAAAUCAUAUCAGUGUUCAGAGUGUCUGAAAUGUUUUAGUGCAAAAAGGAAUCUUGUAACACAUAUGCGAGUACACACAGGAGAAAAACCAUAUCAGUGUUCAGAGUGUCUGAAACAUUUUACUCAGAAAAGCAGUCUUGUUCAACAUAUGCAAACACACACUGGAGAUAAACCAUAUCAGUGUUCAGAGUGUCUGAAAUGUUUUAAUGCAAAAAGGAAUCUUGUUGAACAUAUGCGAGUACACACAGGAGAAAAACCAUAUCAGUGUUCAGAGUGUCUGAAACAUUUUACUCAGAAAAGCAGUCUUGUUCAACAUAUGCAAACACACACUGGAGAUAAACCAUAUCAGUGUUCAGAGUGUCUGAAAUGUUUUAGUGCAAAAAGGAAUCUUGUUGAACAUAUGCGAGUACACACAGGAGAAAAACCAUAUCAGUGUUCAGAGUGUCUGAAACAUUUUACUCAGAAAAGCAGUCUUGUUCAACAUAUGCAAACACACACUGGAGAUAAACCAUUUCAGUGUUCAGAGUGUCUGAAAUGUUUCAUUCGGAAAGGCAAUCUUGUUGAACAUAUGCGAGUACAUACAGGAGAAAAACCAUUUCAUUGUUCAGAGUGUCUUAAAUGUUUUAGUGUGAAAAGAGAUCUUGUGAACCAUAUGCGAGUACACACAGGAGAAAGACCAUUUCAGUGUUCAGAAUGUCUGAAAUGUUUUACUGAAAAAGGUAGUCUUCUGAAACAUACGCGAGUACAUACGGGAUAUAAACCAUUUCCUUGUUCAGAGUGUCUGAAAUGUUUUAGUCAAAAGGGCAAUCUUUUGAAACAUAUGCAAAUACACGCAGGAGAUAAACCAUUUCAGUGUUCAGAGUGUCUGAAAUGUUUUACUGUAAAAAACCAUCUUGUGACACACAUGCAAGUACACACGGGAGAAAAACCAUUUCAGUGUUCAGAGUGUCUGAAAUGUUUUAGUGUAAAAUGCAAUCUUGUGACACAUUUGCGAAUACACACAGGAGAUAAACCAUUUCAGUGUUCACAGUGUCUGAAAUGUUUCAGUAUGAAAAACAGUCUUGUGAAACAUAUGCGAAUACACACAGGAGAUAAACCAUUUCAGUGUUCACAGUGUUUGAUAUGUUUUACUGAAAAAUGCAGUCUUGCAGCACAUAUGCACAAACAUACAGGACAUAAACCAUUUCAGUGUUCAGAGUGUCUGAAAUGUUUUACUAUAAAAGGCAGUCUUGUGAGACAUAUGAAACUACACACAGGAGAUAAACCAUUUCACUGUUCAGAGUGUCUGAAAUGUUUUAGUCAGAAACACACUUGUGGCACAUAUGCAAAUACACACAGGAAAAAAACCUUUUCAGUGUUCAGAGUGUCUGAAAUGUUUUACUGAAAAAGGCAAUCUUGUGAAACAUAUGCGAGUACAUACAGGAGAUAAAACAUGUUAGUGUUUAAUGUAUCAGGGUUAUUUUAGUUAUGGACACAUGAGAAUAAAAAAUAAAAAAUUAUUA